UAAAACUCAAACAGCAAACACCAACAAUUUCUUUUAAUUUUGUUAGAUACAAUAAAGAAAUUUUAAAAAAUUUAUAUUUUUUAAAAAUUAAUUAAAAGCAAUGUUAAAGAAUUUUAACGAUUUAUUAAAAAUAACAACGAAUUUAAAACGAAAUGCACGAAAAUUAAAAACGAAUUUAAAAAAUAAUAAAAUAUUUAUAAAUAAAUAAUAAUAGAGUUUAAAAAUUAAGAGAAACAAAAAGAAAGAGAGAGCGAGAGUGAAAGAAGAAUAAACAAUUUCUCUUUAACUUAAUGAAGAGGACUAUGUACUUAAAGUUUUUAAGCUAGAACAACAACGUCAACAAUAAUGAGUGAUUUAUCUCGUAUGUGGUUUCGUUUAACGGGCAGCGGUGGCUCCUCCACCACCGAAGAGGGAGAUGAUUUACCACCACAAGAGCCACUGGGAAACGCCAUAAAUCUAACAAAUGAAAAUAAUAAUAAUAAUAAUAACAACAACAAUGAAACCUUUUCAAAAUUUGAUAAAUUUCGCAGAGGAAGUUUUCGUAGAAAAUCCUCUUCUAUGGGGCAAUCUAGUAAAAGAUCCAAAUCUCCACAUUUCAUAAUAAAACAUCAGCCAUCUACUUCGCUGGAAGAAGCAGAUGAAAUGGAGGAGAAAGAAAUUAUACAAAAAACAGAUAAACCGCCAACUGUUGCCUUAAAUGUGAAACCUAAAAAAGUGAAAACAACAACAAAAGAAAAAUCUAAACAAAAAGAUAAAGAUAAAACUGCAAAGAAAGCAAAAGAAAUGGAGAAAGAGAGGGAGAAAGAGAAAGAAGAGUUAGUGAGUGUUAUACCACACAGUGAUUCCCUGACCAAGUGUAAUAAUAAAAAGACCUCGCUAAAGUCUUUGAAGAAUGCUGAUACACAAAAAAAGAAAUUCUACAAAAACUUUUACAAUACAAAAACGGCCUCGCAGGAUAGUCAAGAUGAGACGAUAGAUAAAACGCAAUUGACGCAUAUUUUCCCCAACAAUAGUGCAGGCAUAACGGUUUCAGCUUUAGCGGAAGAUGACGAUGAUGACGACGAUGAGGAGGAGGAGGAAGCUGAAGAUGAGGAUUCAGAGGAUAGUGAAAGUGAUACAGAAGAUACCGAUAGCAGUGAGGAGGAACAUAAACAAGACUCAGCCAUUUCCACUACUCCCGACAAUUUACCCCGUUUGGGUAAAGAGAAAAUUUUCCUAAAUGAUCGUAAAUUUCGCAAUAAUCGCAUAGAGAAAAGUUCUUCAAAGACAAAAAUAGCGGGAGAUCUAGAUAAACGUGAGAGUAUUAAACGUUCACGCAGCAGCCGUAAAAUACCCACCGCUAGUGCCAUAAUGGCGGCUGCCGAAGAGAAAAACAAACAGCAACAACAACAAAAGAAAUUGAAAACUGAGGCCAAAGACUCUAAGAAACAAACACGAGGCCAUUCGAAUCUCAAUCUACAGGCUCUAGUCAAGUUUGUUAUGAACAAUAAGAAAUUCCUUAAUACCGAUGAUUUCAAUCUAAUCAGACGCAAGUCGAUAUCGGAGGCCGCUUCGGCAGUUAUGCAAGUGGCCGCCACUUGUAAACCCAUGCCUAUAGCUUUAAAAUAUUCCCAAGAUGGUGUGGUAGCCGAUGCUCCCAAAGAGAAUGAUAUCAAGGGUGAACGUAAUGUGGUUUUAGUUAAGAAACAAAGUUUAAAUAAUUCUUUCUAUGAUCGUCUUUUAAAUAAUCCCACCCUGAAUGUAGACUCUCUUAAACCUCCCGUCAAAGAGCGUAAAAUUUCUACAGCUAAAAGCUCUCCCAACUCCACAUCCUCCAUAACAUCUAAAACCUCCUCGGCCAAAGUUAAACGCAAUAGCUCGAAUAGCAGCAAAAGUAGUGGUAACUUUGAGGAUGAGGCUUUCUAUUCGUGUGACGAACGUGAUGAAGAUGAGCUAGACUGUGCUCAGGAGAGCCACACACAACAGCCCAUAAAGAUAGUUGAACCUAAGCGUAAAUCAUCUUCCCCUUCUCUUACAUCGAGAGUAGCGGCUAAGAUUAAUGAAACCACAAAUAAUUAUAAGAAUCGUAAGGCAGCCAGUAAGAAUGCCAAAAAGCGUAAGACUUUAGCCGCUUCGGCAGUGGCAGGAGUUGAAUGUAAUGAGGGUCCCGAGUACUAUAAGCAGUUAAAUGUUGAACGUUUAAAUUCCACUUCCAUACAAAGGCAUCCCUCAGACCGCAGGACGGAUUCAGCAAAUUUAUCAAUACGCUCGAAUGGCAAUACAUCAGCAAAUUUAAAUAACAGCGAUUUACACAGUUCAUUUCAUGGCGCCGAUACCAGUAUGGGUGCCCUUGGGGCACAAGGCGGUAACGCAGCGACAAUCACCGGUAGUGAUGCAACAAAUACAAACAUUGGAGCCUUAUCAACCGCAACACCACAGAAUGUUGGUGCCAUCUCACCCGGUGGAUCGGGUGUUUUGGGUGCCCUAAAUGACAUAAAUGCGCAGGACGCAAAUGAGGGUAAUUUACGUAGAGAACGUUUACAUCAACAACAUCAACAGAAUAAAAGUGCUCCCGUCUCAGUUAAUCGCUCGGAAUCGUAUAAGGAACGUUUAUCACACAAACGUAAUCGUAGUCAACGUAAAACUUCAGAUCCAAAUUUAACAUCGAGACCAAAGUAAGUUUUAGACUUUUUU